AUGACAUCUCGAUUAAAACUUGUAACUAAAUUAGGUAUUGAUUAUCCAAUUUUUUUAUCUCCAAUGGCUGGUGUAUCAACAAUUGAUAUGGCAAUUGCUGUUACUAAUAAUGGUGGAUUAGGAUCUAUUCCAUUAUCAUCAAUUGAUUUCCGAAAAUUUGAUUCUAUUGAAAAAUUAGAUAAUUUAAUUAAUCAAUAUAAACAAAAAUUAGUCAACCACAGAAAUAAUAGGGAUGAUGAUAAUUUGGUGGUUAAUUUGAAUUUUUUUUGUCAUGAAAUUGAAAAUGAACCAACUCAAUCACAAAUUAAUAAUUGGAAACAAUUAUAUAAACAAACUAUUUUUAAUAGUAAUAAUAAUAGCAAUGAUGAAGAUAAUGAUAAUGAUGAAGAUUCUAAUGACAAUUAUAAUGGUAAAUUAUUAGAUGAAAUUCAAUUUAUUAAUGGGAAUAUAUCAUUUAAAGAAAUUGAAAAUAAUGAAAAUUAUAAACAUCAAUAUAAUCAAUUAAUAAAAUAUUUACAACAAUUAAAACCUAAAAUUAUUAGUUUCCAUUUUGGUAUACCAAAUGAAAAAACUAUUGAAAAACUUCAAAGUCAUGGAAUUAUGAUAUUUAUAACUAGUACAUCAUUAGAAGAAACCAUUUAUUUAACUGACAAUAAUAUUAAUAUUGAUGGGAUUAUUUUACAAGGUUAUGAAGCUGGUGGUCAUCGAGGCAAUUUUUUAAUCAAGAAUAAUCAAUUUGAUGAAAAAUUAUCAACUUAUUCAUUAUUUAUUCAACUGAAACAAUAUUUAGACCGAAAUAUUAUAUCUAAUAAUCAACCACGACAACAAAGACCAUAUCUUAUACCUACUGGAGGUAUAAUGGAUACUAAAACUAUAAAUUAUUAUUUAUCAUUAGGAGCUGAUUCAAUUCAAAUGGGGACAAUAUUUUUAGCUACACCUGAAUCAAUUAAUCAUAAAUUUUUCAAUCAAAAUAUCAUGAAAAAUUUUCAUUAUCGUAAACCAACAAUUAUGAUUGAUUCAGUAUCAGGGAAAUUUGCUCGAGCAAUAAAAACAGAUUUCAUAAAUAAUUUAAUCAACAAUAGUAAUAAUUAUAGUAGUGAAGAAUUACCAUCUUAUGGAUAUGCUUAUUAUGGUUAUAAAUCAUUAAAAUCGAAAAUUAAAAAAGAUAAUAUUGGAUUUUAUUUGGCAGGACAAAAUUAUUAUCAAAUUGAACAAAAAAAUAAACUGACUCAAGAAAUUAUGAAAAUGUUAAUUAAAGGAUUAGAGAUUAUAAGUAGAUAG